GGGGAGUGGCGGAGUCACUGUCGUUUCAGCCAGGCGGCGGAGCGGACGGACGUGCCUGGUGCCCCGGGGAGGGGCGCCACCAGGGUAAGAAGAGGGCGAGGAGGUGGAGGUGGAGAGGAAGAGACGUCCUCCCUGCCUGAGACCUCUCGAGGCUCUGACCCCAGAGGCUAGGGGACUGACAAGUUCCUUCACCUCGGCUGCCUGAAGAGCCCACGACCCUGGAGGGCCCUGAGCCCACGGCACCAGGGGCCCCAGCACCGCCCCAGUGGCCUAAAGCGACAGUCUCAGGGACCACUGCAAGGUUUCCAGUUGCCUAGACAACGAACCCAGGGUCAGAGCAACAACCUUUCCAGCCACCUGCCUGGACUGCUGCCUCAGGCACCAGUCCCAACCCCGUGCGUCCAGCCCAGGUGAUAUGCCGGUGCUCUCCACCCCCCAGCCCUCGCGGGUGACCACGCUGAAGCGCACAGCUGUGGUCCUGGCCCUCACGGCCUAUGGAGCCCACAAAAUCUACCCCCUGGUGCGGCAGUGCCUGGCUCCAGCCAGGGGCCCCCAGGUGCCAGCAGGGGAGUCCACACAGGAGGUGUCCGGCGCCACAGCAGCCGUCGCAGCCAAGGCCGGUGUGAACCGGGUGUUCUUGCAGCGACUCUUGUGGCUCCUGCGGCUACUCUUCCCCAAGAUCCUCUGCCGGGAGACGGGGCUACUGGCACUGCACUCAGCCACCCUGGUGAGCCGGACUUUCUUGUCAGUAUAUGUGGCCCGCCUGGACGGCCGGCUGGCCCGCUGCAUCGUGCGCAAGGACCCACAGGCCUUUGGCUGGCAGCUCUUACAGUGGCUUCUCAUCGCCCUCCCUGCCACCUUCAUCAACAGUGCCAUCCGCUACCUGGAGGGUCAGCUGGCCCUGUCUUUUCGCAGCCGUCUAGUGGCCCACGCCUACAGCCUCUACUUCUCCCAGCAGACCUACUACCGAGUCAGCAACAUGGACGGGCGGCUUCGCAACCCUGACCAGUCCCUGACAGAGGAUGUCGUGGCCUUUGCUGCCUCUGUGGCCCACCUCUACUCCAACCUGACCAAGCCGCUCCUGGAUGUGGCCGUGACCGCCUACACCCUGCUUCGAGCAGCCCGCUCCCGCGGGGCCGGCACAGCCUGGCCCUCGGCCAUUGCUGGCCUCGUGGUCUUCCUCACAGCCAACGUGCUGCGAGCCUUCUCACCCAAGUUUGGGGAGCUGGUGGCAGAGGAGGCACGGCGGAAAGGGGAGCUACGCUACAUGCACUCUCGAGUGGUGGCCAACUCAGAGGAGAUCGCCUUCUAUGGGGGCCACGAGGUGGAGCUGGCCCUACUGCAGCACUCCUACCAGGACCUGGCUUCGCAGAUCAACCUCAUCCUUCUAGAACGCCUGUGGUAUGUCAUGCUGGAGCAGUUCCUCAUGAAGUAUGUGUGGAGCGCCUCAGGCCUGCUUAUGGUGGCCGUCCCCAUAAUCACCGCCACCGGCUACUCAGAGGCAGACUCAGAGGCCUUGAAGAAGGCAGCCUCAGAGAUGAGGGAGGAGGAACUGGUGAGCGAGCGCACAGAAGCUUUCACCAUAGCCCGCAACCUCCUCACAGCUGCUGCUGAUGCCAUUGAGCGGAUCAUGUCAUCCUACAAGGAGGUGACAGAGCUGGCCGGCUACACAGCCCGGGUACAUGAGAUGUUCCAGGUAUUCGAAGAUGUCCAGCACUGCCGUUUCAAGCGGCCUGGGGAGCCCGAGGACACUCAGGCAGGGCCCGGAGCCAUGGUAAAGUCUGGUGUCCGUGUGGAGGGACCCUUGCAGAUCCGAGGCCGAGUGGUGGAUGUGGAGCAGGGAAUUGUUUGUGAGAACAUCCCCAUCAUCACACCCGCAGGAGAGGUGGUGGUGGCCAGCCUCAACAUCAGGAGAUCGAGAAUGGCCUGCCUGCCAGCCUUGGCGUGUACUGGGUGCAGGGGGCUCUCCAAGGCUAUCCAGAAGCCACAGGUGAGAGGAGAGAGGCCCACGUCCCCCUGGGUACCACGGCUGCUGCCCCCACAGGUGGAGGAGGGCAUGCACCUGCUCAUCACGGGGCCCAACGGCUGCGGCAAGAGCUCUCUGUUCCGGAUCCUUGGGGGGCUCUGGCCCACGUACGGUGGCGUGCUCUACAAGCCCCCGCCACAGCGCAUGUUCUACAUUCCUCAGAGGCCCUACAUGUCCGUGGGCUCCUUGCGCGACCAGGUGAUCUACCCAGACUCGGUGGAGGACAUGCGAAGGAAGGGCUAUUCAGAGCAGCACCUGGAAGCCAUUCUGGACAUCGUGCACCUGAACCACAUCCUGCAGCGGGAAGGAGGUUGGGAGGCCACAUGUGACUGGAAGGACGUUCUGUCGGGGGGCGAGAAGCAGAGAAUCGGCAUGGCCCGCAUGUUCUACCACAGGCCCAAGUAUGCCCUCCUGGAUGAAUGUACCAGUGCUGUGAGCAUUGACGUGGAAGGCAAGAUCUUCCAGGCAGCCAAGGAUGCAGGCAUUGCCCUGCUUUCCAUCACCCACCGACCCUCCCUAUGGAAGUACCACACACACUUGCUACAGUUCGAUGGGGAGGGCGGCUGGAAGUUCGAGAAGCUGGACUCAGCCGCCCGCCUGAGCCUGACCGAGGAGAAGCAGCGGCUUGAGCAGCAGCUGGCAGGCAUUCCCAAGAUGCAGCGGCGCCUCCAGGAGCUCUGCCAGAUCCUGGGCCAAGGCCUCCAGGGCGCCACCACCUGACAGAGGGCCGCGGCUUGGCUCUCAGCCCUUGCCCCUCCCCAAGCCCUCGGAUCACAUGAAGGACACAGCAGCGCCUGCCCACUCACCCCCACACCCAGCAUGCCUUUCCCUCCUCCGAGGCCUCCUGGCCACCGGCCUUCCCUGCCUAGAGGACUGCCAGCAACUCCGAGUGCCCCUCCAUGUCCCCGCCUUCUGGCAAGUAGACAUGGAGGGUCCUCCCCUGCUGCCUGCCCCACCCCUGCCCCUUUCCCUGCCCCACUGUGACUGUGACCUGGGCAGGGUGGCUGAGUCCUUUCUUCUCUUUGGGGAGGGGGCAAGGGGAGGGGGUGAGCCCCAGCUCACACUGCCAGCCAGUCUGGGCCAAGCCUCCGCAUUUGUGCGGCAUCUCCCUCCUAAGACAAGUCCCCCAUUAUCCCCUCCUCUUCCGUCCCUUGGAGACCUCAUGGUCCAUCCCUGUAUUGCCACCACCCAAGUGGCCCGCAGAGGCUUCCGUCCCAUGGGACGCCCUUCCUGCCAUAGAAACAGCCAAACGGGACCCACGGCCAGACAGGGCCCAUCAUCUGCGCCCCUUCUGCCCGCCAGGAGAAAGACUUGUGCAGCGUUUCCUAGCGAACGAUGAUAAGAAUGUUGUCCCUGUCCCUCUCGGUCCCCAGCCUUCUCUCCUUCUUCAAGCUAAUUUAUUGGAUACCUAUUAGUAGCCAUCUGGAUUCCCAACAUGAGCACCCGCCAGCAGGGGAGGCAGCCCGGGUUGCGGUCCUUCCACGGGUGGCCCAGCCUCUCAAGCAGCCCCCAGCCGGCCGUCGCCCCACCAGUCUACACUGCCAGCUGCCACGGGGGACGGGGGUUGGGCAGGCCAACCGAAGCGAGAGAUGGAUGCUGGCACUGCCAGGCGUGAGGGCACCGGUGUUCCCAGCUCAGUGCCAAAGACGGGUCAGCUGGGGGAGCUGUCUCUGCAAAGCCAGCCCCCAUAGGGGAGGGAGACCCCACCGCCGCCGCAGUGCCUUUCCGGGCCCCCAGCCCUCGGGCCAGGGAGCCUCCCUCAGUCGCUCAGUAAAAACCUCUGUGGAAAGUA